CCCCUCCCCUCCCCGGCCCGCCCGCGCGCCGCCGCCGGGAGCGCCAUGGGGGCCGUGCCGCGCUCCGCGCGCCCGCUGCAGCUCACGCUGGCGCUGCUGAAGCCCGACGCCGUGGCCCACCCGCCGGUGCUGGAGGCCGUGCACGAGACCAUCCUGAACAACAAAUUCCUCAUCGUGCGGACCAAGGAGCUGAUGUGGAGAAGGGAAGAUAGCCAGCGAUUUUACCAGGAGCACUCAGGGCGAUUUUUUUAUCGGAGGCUGGUGGAGUUCAUGACCAGUGGCCCAAUGCGGGCUUAUAUCCUAGCACAUGAAGAUGCUGUUGCACGCUGGAGGUCUCUCAUGGGACCCACAAAAGUGUACCGAGCCCGAAAUACAGCUCCAGACUCCAUCCGGGGAGCCUAUGGCCUCACGGACACGAGGAACACCAUACAUGGCUCAGACUCGGCGGCAUCAGCCCGUAGAGAAAUUGCCUUCUUCUUCCCGGAGUUCAGCGAGAGUCUCUGGUACCAGCAGGAUGAGCCACGUCUGCGCUGCGGCCUGGCACGCUAUGACACGGGGGAGCGUGUUCACAGCCUACCCAAGGCGAGCAGGACAGAGUCAUCCUAGAGCAGAGGAGACUUACCCUUGACUAACCUCCUUGGAGAUGCGGAGGGCCUUGCCUUGCACGCAGGAAGUGCUGGUAGUAGCACCAGCUAGACCAGUGGUCCCCAACCUUUCCUGUGGGAAUAGCAUAUUGGUAUUCCCAGAAGACUGUGGCAGGUGCCGGACACCCCACCACCGAGAAGCGGCAGCGGCAAGAAGCGUCGCCGCCGAAAUGCUGCCGAGAAACGGCAACGGUUCUCGGUGGCAUUUUGGCAGGCGGUUCUCCGGCAGCCACACGCGGUGGCGGCAUUUUGGCAGCAUGGUGGCCGGUGGGAGCCAUGGUGCCCACGGGUACCGCGUUGGGGACCCCUGAGCUAGACUAUCCCUGUAACGAGGACAGGGAGCUAUGUAAUGUCUGUUACAGUGGGCAAAUACCAGAUGCAAUACACAUUACACCACGCUCUGGGGGAAUGUCUCACCUACCUCUGGCUGCACAUGUAGCACCUAGAUAGUGUGGAUGCUACAGACAAACCUUAGAUACCAGCAGGAAUCCACUGAACUCCAGCAUGGCAGAGGAACUCCAGCCUGCAAUUCACCAGCACUGAGUGUGCUCACAUAUAAACUAGGAGCAGUGGGUACAAGGGGCUGCCCCCACAGGGCACAGAUCUUGGUGAUGGGUGUGGAAUAUCUCUGUGAGGUGCAAAACCAUCCCACUGCCUUGCCCACAUGCACUCUGGCUGUUCAUUACCAGUGACCAUCUUCAUUGCUUAUCUAGUGCUUUCCUCUGUAAAGCAUUUCUCCAACACAGCCAUGGUGUGCUGCAGUAAUAAAGUUUUCUUUGGUGCAGGCAUUUUCACUGACAGAGCGGAUUAGCGGGCAUGUCCGAGCCAGAUCUCAGCGAUACCUCUGUGUCACAUGGAGGAGACAACUUCACCUCUCGGGUGCUGGUUUCAGCCUGGGCCCAGGUUGUGGGGAUGCAAGGAAUCAGGGUAGGAGCCUGUGGUUGGGCUCACUAACCUUCGGAGCACCCCCUAGCAUCAGUGUCACUAUCUUUGGCUCCAGCAGCUCUUACUGCCCACCUGCCUAUGGCACCAGCUCUUCUGUGUUUCAGCCCUCCACCCAAGUCACCUAAGUUCAGACCUCUUCUGGGGUAUCAUGAACAAGUCCAAACAAAACUGAAUAGUUCUGCACUCUUGGGCUACUGAAAUCUUCUCUUCUCUACUUACAAACCCUAUCUCAGGGCUUCCCUUGUAGGAGCCUAAUCUUUCCCUGUAGCCCACUACCCCCAUUCUGUCUGUGUACCCUUCCCCUGGGCUUCUCUCAGAAAGGUCUGUCUCCUCUGCUGUUUCUCCUGCAAUUGAGCUCCCUCAGUCUACUUUAUUAUGGCUUAGCUCUGCGCCCUCUGACCAGGAGCCAGUUCGCUAUCCACCUCCCUGGGUGCAAAGCAUGACUAAUUGGGUGUAUUCACUAGCCUUGCAUAUGAUGGGGGUUAAGCCCCAUCACAGAGCCUUUAUCUAGUGGAUGCCGGUUCUGAUCCAGCCCCAUGUCAGGAGACUGGCUGGAUUGGAAAACCUACCUUAUAAGAAGAGACUCAAGGCUCUUGGCUUGUUUAGCCUAACCAAACAAAGGCUGAGGGGAGAUAGGAUUGCUCUCUAUAAAUACAUCAGAGGGAUAAAUACCAGGGUGGGAGAGGAGUUAUUUAAGUUAAGCACCAAUGUAGACCCAAGAACAAAUGGAUAUAAACUGGCCAUCAACAAGUUUAGGCUUGAAAUUAGGUGAAGGUUUCUAACCAUCAGAGGAGUGAAGUUCUGGAACAGCCUUCCAAGGGGAGCAGUGGGGGCAAAAAACCUAACUGGUUUCAAGACUGAGCUUGAUAAGUUUAUGGAGGGGAUGGUAUCAUGAGACUGUCUACAAUGGCUACAUGGUUGGUAGAUUCUCUCCUUCCAAGGGUUAUUGGUCCAAGCAAGCGGUCAGAAUUGGGACUUGGGCAGUGUUUCCGAGUGGUCAGAGCAGGGGUGGUCAGGCCUAGUGGACAGAGCCAGAAUAAGGAAGCAGGAACCAAGCCAGGGGUCAGAGCCAGAAGCAAAGUUUAGGGAUGAUGAAAGAGUCAGGUCCAGUGCAGCAGCCAGUCGGGAAGUGCUUCAGUGAUUCAAACAACUUCAUGUCUCCCCUUCUGACUUAAAUAGUAUGUUCCAGACGGUCACUGGGGCUGGUCAUCACCCCAGUCAGGUACUCGUCGGCGAUGCCUCUGGGAGCCCCGCACUUCCAGUAGUUCAGGAUGAGAUACCCAGCGAUAGCCCAGGUGUGAGGGCUGCGUGGGAACCUGUGGGCCAAGAUUUGAGACCCACAGCCAUUUACAACAGGAUUCUUUAAGUGCAGACCACCAGGUUGGGUAAACACCAGCACUUCAGGUUCAAGGAAGAAUAGAGCUGGGCACAAAGAAAUUGGUGAGAGAGGAGGCCUGAUGAGAGGCAAGAGGUCACAGCUGCUUUCUGCUCAGUAGGAGGUAGAUGAGAAUGGGCAGACUGGAAACUACGGACGAAACCUCUUGAGAUCCAGCAGGUCCAAGGGAACAGAUGUAUGGGAUACACAUGGAUGGCAGCUCAGUCCAACCUCUAAGAAAAUCAAGCUUACUUACUAUCCAUCCAAGGAAGACAGAGGAUCCUUGUUGGAGAUUCAGUAGUCAGAAGACUUGAAAGAACAUUUUGCGAGGAACAGGCAGAUAACAGGAUAGCAUGCAGCCAUCCUGGAGCUAAGACAUGAGAUGUCGCUCUAAGAUUGGACAGGCUUCUGAAGUUGAUGGGCAAGGAUCCACUGGUGAUAGUUCAUAUCAGUGCACAAAUGCUACUGCAUCGCAGGAUAUCUUGUGCAUAGUAGAUGACUUCAGGGAACUUGGAAACAUGCUGAAGAAGAAGAAUGUCCCUAGCCUCUGUUUGCCAGAAGCUGGGAAUGGGUGACAGGGGAUGGAUCACUUGAUGAUUACCUGUUCUGGGGUGUCUGGCGUUGGCCAGUGUUGGAAGACAGGAUACAGGGCUAGAUGGACCUUUGGUCUGACUCACGAUGGCUGUUCUUAUGUUCUUAUUUAAUAUUUUUAUCAAUGACCUGGAAGAAAACAUAAAAUUGUCACCGAUAAAGUUUGCAGAUAAUACAGUAAUUGGGGGAGUGAUAAAUAAUAAAGAGGUCAGGUCACUGGUUCAGAGCAAUCUGGAUUGCUUGGUAAACUGGGCACAAACAAAUAAAAUUGCAUUUUAAGAGGGCUGAAUGUAAACAUAUACAUCUAGGAACAAAAAAUGCAGGCCAUACUUACAGGACAGGGGAUUCUAUCCUGGAAAGGAGUGGCUAAAAAAGAUUUGGAGGUUGUGGAUGAGCUCCCAGUGUUACGCUGUGGCCAAAAGAGGUAAUACAAUCCUGGGAUUGAUAAACAUGGAAUCUUGAGUAGGAAUAGAGUGGCGUUUUUGCCUUUUUAUUUGGCAUUAGUGCGACCACUGCUGGAAUACUGGAGUCCACAGUUCAAGGAUGUUGAUGAAUUGGAGAGGAUUCAGGGAAGAACCACAAGAAUGAUUAAAGGAUUAGUAAACAAGUCUUACAGUAAUAAACCCAAGGAACUCAAUCUAUUUAGCUUAAAGAGAAGGUUAAGGGGUAACUUGAUUACAGUCUGUAAGUACCUUCAUAGAGAACAAAUAUUUAAUAAUGGGCUCUUUGAUCUAGCAGACAAAGGUAUAUCAAGAUCCAAAGGCUGGAAGUUGACUCUAGACAGAUUCAGACUGGAAAUAAGGCAUACAUUUUUAACAGUGAGAGUAAUUAACUGUGGGAACAAUUUACCAAGGGUUGUGGUGAAUUCUCGGUCCCUGACAGUUUUUAAACCAAGACUGGAUGUUUUUCUAAGAGAUCUGCUCUAGGAAUUAUUUUGGGGAAGUCUGGCCUGUGUGAUACAGGAGGUCAGAGUAGGUGAUCAUAAUAGCCCCUUCAGGCCCUAUAAUUGAUUAUAUCUAAAACAGGAAGCCUGUGAAAGAAUUUGUGGGUCCCCUAGAUCACCAAGGAGUAAAAGAGAGCAAUUAAGAAAGAUAAGGACAUUGGUGAGGAGCUAAAUGAUCUGUACCAGUCAGCCCUCACUACAGAGGCUGUUGGGGAGGUACUACCCCAGACCUGCUCUUUCCUGAUAAUAUUAGUUCCUAGCAGUGACCAGAAGAAAUGAUGCUGGAGCAAAUUGUUAGUUUAUGAAGCAACAAGUGUCAUAAAUAUAAAGGGAAGGGUAACCACCUUUCUGUCCACAGUGCGAUAAAAUCCCUCCUGGCCAGAGGCAAAACCCUUUCACCUGUAAAGGGUUAAGAAGCUAAGGUAACCUCGCUGGCACCUGACCCAAAAUGACCAAUGAGGGGACAAGAUACUUUCAAAUCUGGAGGGGAGGGAACAAAGGGUUUGUCUGCCUGUGUGAUGCUUUUGUGGGAACAGAUCAGGAAUGCAGCCUUACAACUCCUGUUACGUUAGUAAGUAAUCUAGCUAGAUUUCCUUUUGUUUAGUGGCUGGUAAAAUAAGCUGUACUGGAUGGAAUGUAUAUUCCUGUUUUUGUGUCUUUUUGUAACUUAAGGUUUUGCCUAGAGGGAUUCUCUAUGUUUUGAAUCUGAUUACCCUGUAAGGUAUUUACCAUCCUGAUUUUACAGAAGUGAUUCUUUUACCUUUUCUUUAAAUAAAAUUAUUAUUUUAAGAACCUGA